AUGCUAGUGCUCAGGUUUCUCAAUGUGGUCGCUCCAGCCUACUUCCUCUGUAUCUCCUUAGUGACCUUCGUCCUCCAGCUCUUCCUCUUCAUUCCAAGCAUGUUCAAAGACCCUUCCACCACCCCACUUUUCUCCUCUGCUCUGCUGCAUGGGUCUCUCUUUCUGUACCUCUCAGCUAAUGCUUUGGGCAACUAUAUCCUGGUAAUACAGAACUCCCCCGAGGAGGACCUGGGGAAGGGCCCAGAUUUGGCUAGAGGAGCCAAAGGGGUGGCUGAGUGGCCAGAUGGAAACAGGUCCCCUGCUUCAGCCCUGCCUGGCACUCACUUCUGUAGACUGUGUGCCCGAACCACCCAGAGGCAUGACCACCACUGUUUCUUCACAGGGAACUGCAUUGGGAAUAGUAAUAUGCGGAACUUCAUCAUGUUCUGUCUGUAUACUUCCUUGGCUUGCCUUGAUUCCCUGGUGGCUGGGGUGGCUUAUAUUUCUGCUGCACUCUCAACUUCCUUUGCCAGCCCAUUGGCUUUCCUAACUCUUCUGCCUCACUCUAUUAGCCAGUUCUUCUCAGGAGCUCUUCUAAGCUCAGAGAUGUUUGUUAUCCUCAUGCUAUACCUCUGGCUGGGGAUUGGACUUGCCUGUGCCGGCUUCUGUUGCCACCAAAUGUUGCUGAUCUUGCGAGGCCAAACACGUUACCAGAUGCGGAAGGGGAUGGCAGCCAAAGGCCAGCCCUGGAAGAAGAAUCUCGAGGAGGUCUUUGGGAAGAGAUGGCUGCUUGGACUGCUUAUUCCUGUGCUCAGUGUGGGAAGUGACUAUCACCAGCAGAAGGAGAAGUGA